CUCCCCGGAGGGCCCGGGGACCCGGGAAGGGGGGGCCUGCGGGCCGAAAGAUCGGCGUCCGGGCCGCCUGGGCUCGGAGCGCAGUCUCCGUUCUCUCCUGCUGCCCUGGCUGAGCGGCGUCGUGCGGGCGGAGGAGGCGGCGGCCAGAGGACGAAAGCGACCGGGAACCAGACCAAACUCACAGCCUAGGUAUGUGCCUUGACCCAGAAUCGAACCCACGACCCUUUGGUGUACAGGACAACACUUCAACCAACUGAGCCACACCGGCCAGGGCCUGGGAGCUAUUUUUAACUUUUCGAAAAUAAUAUGUCAAAGAGUAAUUGAUAAGCUCGUUACUAUGAGUCUGCUAAACUGUGAAAUCAGCUGUGCCUCCAGCCAGUCUGAGAGCGACUGCUGCGCGGCCAUGGCCAGCUCCUGUAGUGCUGCAGCAAAAGACGACAGCGUGGGCGCCACUGCCAGCACAGGGAAUCUCUCCAGCUCUUUCAUGGAAGAGAUCCAGGGGUACGACGUCGAGUUUGACCCACCCCUGGAAAGCAAGUAUGAAUGCCCCAUCUGCUUGAUGGCGUUACGGGAAGCAGUGCAGACACCAUGCGGCCAUAGGUUCUGCAAAGCCUGCAUCACCAAAUCAAUAAGGGAUGCUGGUCACAAAUGUCCUAUUGAUAAUGAAAUACUGUUGGAAACUCAACUCUUUCCUGACAAUUUUGCAAAACGAGAGAUUCUUUCUCUGAUGGUGAGGUGUCCAAAUGAAGGGUGUAUGCACAAGAUGGAAUUGCGGCAUCUUGAGGAUCAUCAAGCACAUUGUGAGUUUGCUCUUACGAAUUGUCUUCAAUGCAACCGUCCAUUACAAAAGUGCCAACUUAAUACUCACAUUCUCCAGGAGUGUCCAAGAAGACAGGUUUCUUGUAAGAACUGUGCUAUGUCAAUGGCAUUUGAAGAUAAAGAGAGCCAUGACCAGAGCUGUCCUUUGGCAAAUGUCAUCUGUGAAUACUGCAGUACCAUGCUCAUCAGAGAACAGAUGCCUAAUCAUUUUGAGCUAGACUGCCCUACAGCCCCAAUUCCAUGCACUUUCAGUUCUUUUGGUUGCCAUGAAAAGAUGCAGAGGAUUCACUUGGCACGCCACCUACAAGAGAACACCCAGUCACACAUGAGAAUGUUGGCCCAGGCUGUUCAGAGCUUAAACCUGGCUGCAGCUCCCAUGCCUCAACGAUACGAGCCUGCAUCUCUGGCUCGGGUCCCCUCUGGGUGUAACUCAGAGGUCUACAAUUUUCAAGAAAUCAUUCAACAGUUAGAGGGUCGCCUUGUAAGACAAGACCAUCAAAUCCGGGAGCUGACUGCGAAAAUGGAAACUCAGAGCAUGUAUGUCAGUGAGCUCAAACGAACUAUUCGAACCCUUGAGGACAAGGUUGCUGAAAUAGAAGCACAGCAGUGCAAUGGGAUUUACAUCUGGAAGAUUGGUAACUUUGGGAUGCACUUGAAAUCUCAAGAAGAGGAGAAACCUGUUGUCAUUCACAGCCCUGGGUUCUAUACAGGCAAACCCGGAUACAAACUCUGCAUGCGCCUGCACCUUCAGUUACCAACUGCUCAGCGCUGUGCAAACUAUAUAUCCCUCUUUGUCCACACAAUGCAAGGAGAGUAUGACAGCCACCUCCCUUGGCCCUUCCAGGGUACAAUACGCCUCACGAUUCUUGAUCAGUCUGAAGCACCUAUCAGGCAAAACCAUGAGGAGAUCAUGGAUGCCAAACCAGAGCUGCUUGCCUUCCAGAGACCCACAAUCCCACGGAACCCAAAAGGUUUUGGCUAUGUGACUUUUAUGCAUCUGGAAGCCCUAAGACAAAGAACCUUCAUUAAGGAUGAUACUUUGUUAGUGCGCUGUGAGGUUUCUACUCGCUUUGACAUGGGCAGUCUUCGGAGGGAGGGUUUCCAGCCACGGAGCACGGACGCAGGGAUAUAGCAUCCCUCGUCGGUUUGUUUUUCUGAAAGCCUCCUGGAGAAAACGGCCUUUUCUUGCCCUGUUCGCAAUAAUAAUAUGUAAACAAUGAAAGCAGUGGAAAAAAUGGGAUCCCCACCAGUGAAUGUGGUGAAGGAGGUCGCUCUUGUCACUUGUACUUGUUUCUGUUACAAAUAUCUAAAGCAGUUUUUCCCUGGGACUCUACGUCCCCUGCUUUUUCAAGAUUGUUACUACUGACUACUGAAGCACCUAUGGCACAUGGUAGCAGCUACCUGUCAUUAGUAUACCUCUUUGUUGUGCUUUCAUGGGCCUUUUUCCAGAAAGUUCUAUCAAAAGCCCAGGGUUGGAGUAGUAAAGCUCAACCCUUUUAAUAGUCAUGGACGCUCCUUAAAACUUUAGCUUAUUUUUCUAGUAUUGUAUGUAAUAUAUUAAACUUGAGAAUCACUACCACCUUGUGCUGGUGCCAGUGGGAAGUUGCUACUAUAAAGCUGAGUUCUCAUUUUAUUUGACCACCGGUAGCCUUCAGAGGAUUUGAACUUCAAUCCUUGGAAAACUUAAGUUCUCAUUCACCCCGUUUCCCUCCGGGGUGUUACUAAGGAUAUUCAGGGACUAGUUUAAACCCUGACUAUUAACCUCACUUUUUUAGUGUGAACAUGUCUGUUGAAAAAUUCUUGUUAAAGCCUUUCAUCCUUCCUUGCUCACUUAUUUCUUCAAUACUACAAAGUAGCAUUUUCAGAGUUUAGAAUGCCAGCAGCUCAGUGUUGUGCUGUAAACCCCUUGAUGUCUAGUCAGUACAGAGUGCGGUCCACAGCCCUGCAGAUGUUCUCUGACGCUUAAUGCUGUAGACAAGGAGAGGCACACACAAUUACCAACAUAACAAUUUAAAAUGGCUCGGCUAGUCGGCUAAUACGCCUUCUCAGUGGUGGUGACAAAAGCUGUUUGAACCAGACAUUUUCAGCUUUUCUGAACACCCUCUGGUUUAGUUAAGUGGAACAAAAUUGAUUGUCAAAGAGCAAAAUUUCUUAAUACUUGGGAGAUCAUUGGUGCUCCCUGAGCCAUCACCAAACUAAGGUUGGAAGUCAUAGUGUUACAUCAGGACUUGGCUUGAGCAGUUGCUUUAGUCCAUACCUGGGGAGGACCAUGUAGAAUUCAUUAAAGUGGCUAAAUGCUCCUAAUAGGGAGAGAUGGCUUCUGUGUCAUUCUAUGUUUGUUAAAUUCUCAUUCACCCCGUUUCCCUCGGGGUGUUACUAAGGAUAUUCAGGGACUAGUUUAAACCCUGGCCUGUAGGUAUCAUGGUGACGUCUAGUUCUCAGGGUGUAGCUAGUAUGGGCUCUUCUCAGGAAUCUAAGGGCCUUCGUACCUUGCCACGAAGUGGUUCGAGAUUCUCCCCGGGAUCGCCACCAUGCGUGCACACUUACCCACCCCCAGAGCUGCCACUGCGCACACCCACAGCUUCACUCACGGGGGCAAGGGAAAAAGGCUUGCCUAUUACUCCUGUCAGUGCACUUUGUGGGAAAGAGAGGGUGUGUCUCUGAAGUUAAUUGUCACUAUAUGUCAAAGAGUUUAGAGAACAAUGAUUAAGGAAACAUUUUCCCGAUUGAUGAAAAAUAACUCAGCUAUACUAAUCUACCCCUGCUGGAAGGUUAUUAUGUAGCAUGCAGUGUAUUAUGUGGUGCAUAAUAAAAUUUAAAAAAAAAAGAAUCUAAGAGGACCCAUACACUAUACAGUUGGCACAAGGCUGUUUAAAGUUGUGUGGCCGUGAGAGAUUGUACUGCCUCUCCUGAGAAGCCAUUUCAGAGCCCCCGACCAGUGUUCAGGAUCAGCCUCAGAAAAAGCUAAAAACCGUAUGAUUUCACUCAUGUGGGUUAUAAAACUGAAACGCAGAGACACAGACGACCCUGUGAUGGUUACCAAAAGGAAGGGUGGGAAGCAGUAACGUGUAAAGGGGGCCAAAGUAUGGUGAUGGGAGAUGAUUUGACUUUGGGUGGUGGGCACACAAUGCAGAUCAUGUAUCAGAGAAAUCUACACUUGAAUACUAAUCUUACUAACAAAUGUCACCCCAAUAAAUUUAAUUAAUAAUUUAAAAAAGAAAAGAUCAGCCACAAUUUCAAGAGGAAGCACAGAGACUUUGUGGAGAAGAAAGCUUUCGGUUCCAGGCAGAGCCAGACUGGAAAGUCACUUUGACCUUUACCUUUACUUACCUCUCUACUCUCCCUCCCCACCCCACAUUUAGGCUCCUGCUCUGGUAGGUUUAUAUUCUAAAAUGAAAAUCACGCCUAGCCGGUUGGCUCAGUGGAUAGAGCAUCAGGCCCAGACUGAAGGGUCCCGGGUUUGAUUCUGGUCAAGGGCACGUACCUCAGUUGCAGGCUCCAUUCUGGCCCAUGCGAGAGGCAACUAAUCAAUGUAUCUCUCUCACAUGGAUGUUUCUCUGUGUCCACCCCCCGCCCCGUCCCUUCCAGUCUAAAAAUCAAUGGAAAAAUAUCCUCCGGUGAGGAUUAACAAAAAAUAAUAAUUAAAUGAAAAUCAAGGUCAUGCAGAGACCCUGUUCCCCAGUGCAUUGUCAGUACCCGCUGAUCAUCGACUAGGUGGCAGUCUGUCCCUUAGCUACCCCGCUUUCCAACUGGCUCCCUCUCUCUCGGCAGGGACCCCGGAACCCCUGCUGUCCCUGUGAUUGUGUGUCAGAGGAAAAGUAAUCGUCAUGUUCCAUUUACAAAGUAAAUGCUGUUAUUUUUGUUGCCUAGAAAAAUGUCUGAAGGAAAUAUAAUAAACUAUUUUUGAUGGCUUA